AUGCAUAUAGAAGAUGAAGAUAUUGAUAUAUUAGAUCAUAACAAUAUAAUCCGAGAGCUCGAUACUGACCUCGUUGAGAUUUUUAGGAGAGGACAGUUCGCAGAUUUGUUUGCGGAUGUGCCCUUACAACGACAAAAUGAAAGGUUAGAAAGGAUAAAUGAGUUGUUGACAGCUAGAAACAUAGAUGAAUAUUUUCAAAAUAGAAGAAAACGUGAAGAUUCUGGUCGUUAUAUCUCCUGUUUAUGGAUGUUUGGAUUGCUUCCGUUUCCAAUUUUUCACUUCCGCCGGCUUUGGAGAAGAUUUGGUACAAAUAAUGUUCAAGAAUCACUAGUUAGACUCGCAAAGAUUGCAAUUACAACCUUGAUGAGAAUAAUCAGAUUUGGUUUAUUUAUUAUAGCAUCCAGUGCUUAUUUGCAUAAUAUUUUGAGACACUUAUUCAUCUUCAGUAAUUUACUUACUUUUUCAAACAAUUUCUUACGGGACAUAAUCACCUUCAUGUCCAGAAAUAAUUCAGGUCUUCUUGAAAGACAUCAAACCAUAGCUAUGAAAGAGAAAGGUAUUUUCUAUUUUAAGGAGGACGCAGACUUUCAAGCAUAUUCCACUUGGGAUAUAAUCACAACUGCUGCAUAUAAUUGGGUUUCCAGCUUAAUAAAUAUGAACUGUGUUUCUUACUUCAGUGAUGAGAGACACUUUGAGUGUAGUAUUAGCGAAGAUUCUUUAAUUUUCAAAUUUUCCCGAAUCAUGGGGGACUUUUUCCCUUCAAUUGGAGGUACAGAGUCGAAUGUUUCAUGGUCAUUAACUAUAUCUACCGUUGUACUUUAUUUAUUCUAUGCACUUGGUGGCGACCUAAUUUGCCUCAAUGUCCUCUUUUUCUUUUCAAUUAAUAUGGGAAAGCGGGUUCUUCAUUAUAAAGAUAUAUAUGCCGGUUUAGGUAGCAUAGUGUGGAAUACUCUACAUGGAAAUAUUAUAUAG